CAAAAAAAAAAAGAGUGUGCUAUGGAGAGUAAUGAAGGUGAAGCUCAAGAGAAGCAUGUUCUUUUAGUCCCAUAUCCAAGCCAAGGCCACGUCAAUCCAAUACUUCAAUUCGCCAAACGGCUCGCUUUUUUCGGGCUCAAGCCCACUUUGGCUGUGACCCGUUUCCUUCUCAAGACAUCUCCGCCCGAGCCCGGCCUGGUUGGUAUUGAACCCAUCUCAGACGGUUUCGAUGAAGGCGGGUACGCUCAAGCCGAAUCUAUUCCAGCUUACCUGGCCCGAUUUGAGUCAGUCGGGCCCGAAACUUUAGACGCCGUUGUACGGUCGGGUAAGUACAAAGCUGUAAUUUAUGAUGCGUUUUUACCGUGGGUUUUGGAGGUUGGUAAAAAAUACGGGCUUGUUACGGCGGCGUUUUUUACUCAAUCGUGUGCUGUUGAUGCUGUUCUUGGUCAUGUUUAUAAGGGCCGGGUUAGUCUUCCGUGGACUGAACCAGAACUUUUGUUAGAUGGGCUUCCGGGCCUCGGCCCUAAUGAUUUGCCGUCGUUUUUGUCUGACCCGGUUGAUGGCCCGUACCCAGCUUAUUUGCAGCUCGUCUUGAACCAGUUUUUGGGGUUGGAAAAAGCUGAUGAAGUCUUCAUCAACUCUGUCUAUGAAUUAGAACCUCAGGAAGCAGAGUGGAUGAAGAAAGAGUGGGGAGCAAAAACAAUAGGGCCAACGAUUCCAUCCAAAUACCUGGAUAACCAAAUCCCCGGCGACACUCACUACGGCUUCCACCUCUUCGCCGGCGCCGACCGAUGCAACGAGUGGCUUGACGCUCAACCACCACGCUCUGUCAUCUACGUCUCAUUCGGUAGCAUGGCAAACCUAGAUCAUGAAUCAAUGAGGGAGCUCGCCAAAGGUCUGGAAAUCACUGGAAAACCAUUCCUAUGGGUUGUUAGGGCAUCGGAGAGGGGAAAAUUAGAAGAGAAUUUCAAUGGGGAAGGGAAAGGGAGGGUGUGCGAGUGGAGUGAACAGUUGGAGGUAUUAGGGCAUGGAUCGGUGGGUUGUUUUGUGACGCAUUGUGGGUGGAAUUCGACGGUGGAGGCGUUGGCGGCGGGGAUGGCGAUGGUGGCGGUGCCGCAGUGGACGGAUCAGCCGAUGAAUGGGAAGUAUGUGGAAGGUGUGUGGGGAGUUGGGGUGAGGGCGAGGAAGGAUGAGAAUGGGGUUGUGAGAGGUGAAGAGAUCGGGAGGUGUGUGAUGGAGGUGAUGGAAGAAGGGGAUAAGAGUGGAGAAAUUUGGGAGAAUGCGAGCAAGUGGAAGAGAUUGAGUGUGGAGGCGAUGAUGGAGGGUGGGAGUUCUUAUAACAAUAUUUUAGGGUUUGUAGAGAAAUAUUAUGGUCGUGUGCGUGUUUGAUCUUUGGAAUUUGUUGUCUUUUGACU